UAUUGCUUUUCUGAUGUUAUUUUAAUUGAAAUACGGACUAUGUAAAAUGAUAUCAGAUUUUGAUAUUUGAUACGUGUAUAAAAUAAGCAACAGUGUAUAAACGAGACUGCUUAAAAAAAGGAUAAAAGCUAUAUUUACAAUAGCAUGUUUCAUAAGGAAGUUAUAAUACGGUAAAAGGUACUUGUUGAGCGAGAUUUUGUUAUGUCAAACUAAAUUUCGUUGAAGUUAACAUUAAGUUAUAACAUAAUAGUUAACACCUUAAACGUGUACGUGUUCCUACUUGAAUGUAAUUAUACAACAAAAUUACAUUUUUGUUUACGUUCGACGUUACGAGAUGGAGAAAACUUUAUUUGUUUUGAUUACGGGAAUACUAAAUGUAACAGCAAAAGAUGUUGAAAUAAACAACGAAGUAACAAUUGUAUGCCCACUUCCGGGGGUUACUUUCCCGAAAUGGACUGGUCCAGCUACACUAGCUACACCUUUAACGGAUGGCCAAACAAUCAACGAACCGGGCAUUGAAUGGGAUGGAUGACAAGAACCUUAAGAUACUGAGUGUGGAGACAAAACAUACAGGACAAUACUCAUGUUCUUCUGGUGAUAAAGAGGGACUUGCCGAGGGGAUUAAUGUACUAACAUAUAACGUAACAGUUUCCUUUUUGAAUGUCGACAAAGAAGAUGUUACCAAUACUGAACGAUUAGUAGGAGAGAUUGAUAAAAAUAUGACCGUCACAUGUCAAGCAAAUGGCGGCAAUCCUGCGCCUGAUGUCACUAUUGUAUUUGAUGAUGACGCCACAAAUGCACCAGCUAUAGGACCCGUGACAAUAAUAAAAGAAAUGAAAGAAGAAAAUACAUACCAAGUUAACGCAAGUGUAACAUUUAAUGCAAAUGGAUCUGUCGAUUACAAAUACAUCAUCUGCUCAGCUUCUUAUCCGGACAAAAACUCAACAGAUGGGACAAUUUUGAUAUAUUUAUUGCGACCACCUCUGAUGAGAGCUUUGACGAUUUCCAAGUUCCCGUCAUUGACAUCAAACCAGAUGAAGCUAAGCUGUGACACGACUAGUAGGCCUGAAACACAACUCAAAUGGUUAAUAGAUGAUAAAAAUAUCACGGAAUCUGGACUUAAUAUUGAGGAAGACAAGCCUGAAUGUAUUGAGGAUAGUGCAACUCAUAUUUUUACAUGUAUGUCAAAUAUAACGAUCAAUGAUAUAAAGAAAGAAGACAAUGGUAAAUCAAUCUAUUGUGAGUCUAAUUAUCGCGACGAUGUGACGAAAACAUCACCAGCAAAAAUCAGUCUUCCGUACCGAGCGACAAACAUAGUUAUCUCUGGAAACACAAGCGGUGUUGUAAACAGCGUUGGGAAGGUCACGCUGACCUUAACCUGCGCAACUGAUGCUGCAAAUCCAGCAGAAAAACUUAACUGGUAUAUUGGGUCUGAAAAGACGGAAAUAAAUAGCACGUAUCCUGUUGUUGAAGUUGAUGAAAUGUAUGAUGGUAAAAACGUAUCUCAAGACAUAGACAUUGUCGCAGACCGGACAAUGAAUAAACAGGAAGUGUCGUGUUGCGCUGAUCCAGAUCUAUGCACAAUGGUGACAUUAGAUAUACAGUAUCCGCCAAUAUUGCUUGCUCCACAGCUAAGUCAUUACCGGGCUUACACCACUGACAAUAUAUCUAUACCAUGUAUAGCAGACAGUAGUCCUGUCGCAUAUAUUGCCUGGUUUAGAAUGGAAGGCCAAGAGUCUGUGCAUAUAAGCAAUAACACGGAUGAUCCAUCAAAUAUAUUUUAUCUUCAGGUAGUAAAUAUAUCAAGCACAGAUGCAACUACAUAUGAAUGCAAAGCUUGGAGCCAAUUACAAGAUAUAAGUAAAGCAGUUACUAAAUUAACUACACUAACAGUAUAUGAAAAACCUGCUGAGCCUAUAAUGGAAACUACUUUCGACGCUGAUAAAUUCUACAUAGAAAUUAAAACCGGCACUGAUGCACCGGAUAUACCUCGAAAAUUUUAUAUUCAGUACAAAAAGGUUGACGAGGAAGCAUGGCGAGAGGUGGACACGGCCUAUGACGAUACAUUACCUGGUCAAGAAUCAACAACUUACAGUUAUGGUUUCAAAAAAAGUAACCUUGAUCCUGACUGUGAAUAUGAAGUUAGAAUAAAGUCUGUGGAUGAUUAUGGAUUAAUAUCAUAUACAGCAAAGUCUUCUUUUAGAACGGACAAAGAAGUCGUAACAUCUGAGGAGGAAAUGGUGAGCAUGACGAAAUAUAGAAACGCCAUCCUCAUCUCCGUGUUCGCCACAGCUGGUGUCUUCCUCAUCAUUCUUACCAUUUUUGUGUGUGCUGUGAAAAGAGGGAAAUGUGGGAGCUUCAACAGCAGUAAAUCGUAUGUAAUGUGAAGAAAUCUAAAUAACAUAAAGAUACCAUAAAAACUAGUAAUUACGUCUUCAACGGAAUGGUACCUUUUGCUGAACAUUUCGAUCGAGAUUAUCAUUAUUGUGCAAUAUUUUGUAACACACCAGGGUGUUUGAUUUUAGAAUUAAGAUAUCGCAACUUGUUUAUUUACAUAAUUUAACUGUUUCGGUUAACGACGGAAUGGAAUGUUCAAAUAUUCUCAUAACAUCAAUUUCAAUAUCAUUUGUACUUUAAACGUGUUGUACUUUAAGUAUGUUGCAUAGUCGUUAUGGAAACGAAAGAUAAAAUUGCGUUUCAAGAUAAAUGUAUUGUCAUAUUUCUAUAUUUUCGAAACAUUACCAGGCAAAGUAAUCGAAGUUAUAAAAAGGAUUAAAAUCAAAUAUAUUUCAAGCAAGUCACAUAUACUGCCGAACUGUAUUUUAUACAUUGUAAUCUAUAAGAAGAAGGCCUUUAUAAGCUCAGACCUUUUACAACAAUUCAUGGCUGUAUAGUGUACAUAAAUUAUUGAUAUAAUUUCUAUUUAUACUGUUAAGCUGUUCGAAAUGAACUAUAUUUAAAGAAUUUAAAGUUAGCGUACAAUCAUCUACUUUAAUUUGGUCAUUUUUUUUUGCUAAACUUCCGAUAAAUUUAUAUAUAUAAAUACCAUAAAACAAUUGUUGAAGAUAUAAUUAUGUAAAUACGUAGUCGUAAAGAAAUAGCUCAAGCAAGGAGUACUUACAUAAUGGCUUGCCUGAAUAAAUAAUGUUGUUUACUUUAAUUAUAAUAUAAAUAAUGUCUCGUGAAAUUCUACUCUUCUCACUUACAUCCAAAUAUAAUAUUUUUCGAAUCUAUUCGGGUUCAUUGAUUUUGAUUGUCCUCGAAGAAUAAUUCGUAUAAGGUGGAUAAGAAAGAGAAUAAUUUAUGAGAUUUUUAAUCAAACUGUUUAAGAUAUAUAUAAAUAGAAAUAUAUUAUAGUAUUGGUAUAAGUAAAAUUUCAUGUGAUGUUUUGAUUUUGUUAGAAUAUAUAGAAUAUACAUGUAUAAGGACUGUGUACAUAUCUAUCAGUAUUAGCGGGGUUAUCACAAAUUGCAUUUAUUUUAGAAUUUUCAAAAAUAUUAAAAACGUUUUUGUAUCUUUUCGCUUGUUCAUUAUAAAUUUUUAUGAUUAUAUUGGUUAAAAGAUUGACUAGUGCUCGAAUAGUAGUGCUUGCAGAGACCUUCAGAAAAAAUUGUUUAAGUAUACAUGUAACGCUUAGGACCCGAAUGUAGACAAACCAAAAAAAGUGCUUAUUUUGUAUACGGUGGUGGAUUAUUUAGUUUGUACAUUUACGAUAAACUUUGACAGAAUGCUCGCUUUUAUUUGCUGCUUGCCAUAUUUAUUUAUGAAUACAUUGUAUUUAAGUUAUAAUAAACAUGUUUAUGCACAUUUAAUUGUUUGAAUUCUUCACAAAUUUAAUAAUCAUGUCGGACGUACUUAAUUCAAUAAAACAGCGGAUAUUAUGACAAUUUUUAUCUCACUUUUUAUAAUAUUCAUCGCAGAUUGUAAUAAAUUGAAAGACAGAUCAGUAUAAAGUUUUCUUUAAAAUUAUUUUUUGCUUGACAGACCUUAUGUCAAGAAUUUAUUUUUUAAAUGCUAGGAAGGAACAUUCAUCUAUGGUCAAUUUAAAUGGAUUCUGUACGUAUAUUUAUAUUGACUCAAUUAGGUGCCUUAUAUCACCAAUAUAUAGCAUGGAUUUAAACCGUUCUUUAAUAUUAUUAUAGCCAAUAGCAUAUUGUGUGCCUUUGAAAUGGUUAACUCUAGAAACUACAUUAAAAUCGUGCUUUCAAAACUAACAUGCAAUGAUAUAUUUUCUUAUUUUGUGUAACUUUCGGCGAAGAACUUUUUAAAAAAUUGUGCAUCAUUUUGUUAUGUCAUGUAAGGUUGAUAAUACGGUCAUAUUUAAGUUUUUGUAUUUAACCAUACUUGCAAGUCCCCUAGAUGAAUGGAUUUUAUAUGAUGUAUGAGGAAAUGUUUAUGUGUAAAUGACGCCUAGGGCUGAUACACGAGGCUGUUUCAUAUUGCCAAAUACAAUUAUUAUAUUGGUAAGCUAAUAUAUAUCAAUGCCAAGCUGAAAUAUUGCCAAGCUGUUGUUGUGGAAUAAGAUGUUAGGCGAGACUUAUGUCUUUGAUGUAUAAUAUUGCCAGCAUAUUGCUAGGCGGAUAUAUCGUAAGGUUAAAGAGUUAUAACUGAAGACCUGUAUAUGUUAGGUAGAGUUAUAACUGCAGACUUGUAAAUUGUUAGGUAGAGUUAUAACUGCAGACUUGUAUUUUGUAAGGCAGAGUUAUAACUGCAGACUUGUACUUUGUUAGGCAGAU